UCGGGAUGACGCUCUAUCAGGCAUACAGUCCUGAGGAGAACGGGUCCGGAACCAGCCACGCGAAUUCUAGUGACACCAAUAGUACCAGCACGACAGAAAGAUUCGCAGGCUCCGGCACAAUAACACGCAUCCCUGACGAAGUCCUUGCCAUCGUCUUCUUUUACUACGCUGUCUCCCUGCAUGACUCGUUGUAUACACGCGCGUGGACGUGCACACUCCUUCGCAUCAAUCGACACUGGAGGGAACUCGCGCUUCACACUCCCAUUCUAUGGAGCUUCUUCUCUUCUUGGACCCUCGAUUCCACAGAUCUCGGAGAGAAACAACUACGAUUAUCCUAUGCGCACCCCCUAUCACUCAAGCUCUCGCCCGCAAUAUCCUCGCAAAUCGACAGAGCAUUCGCGAUCUUGGAGCCUCACAAGGAACAUGUACACGACGUCGAGGUCAAUGCAGAAGCGCUGAUGAUAGAGUACAUCUCGCUGCGCCUGCGACAAAACUGGAAGAACUUGCGGCACUUGUCCCUAUGGUCGGCGAACUUUCGGCAUGAUAUGCCUGCCCAUGUCGCGCAGUACCUCAUUCCUGGUCUGCGCACACUGAGGCUCAUCAACGUCCGGCUGGACUGGACAUUCGUUCGUCAUGUCUUGCACUUGAGAUUGGGAGGAAGUUCUGAGCUGGGCUCGAUCACGAUCAACGCUCUAUCCGACGUUCUACGGUCGUGCCCCACUCUGCAGACUUUGGAGUUGUUCGAUUGCGUAUACAGAGGCCUUCAUGAGCCGAACAAGGUGCACAGGCCCGCCGAGCUCCCCCAGCUGCGCAGGUUCUACAUCCGUGCUUCUGUCGAUGUCUGUGCAUCCGUAAUGGGCCUGAUGAGCUUGCCUUCGACUGCCGCCAUCCUGAUUGUCGUCAAUGGCACGACCGAUGCCAUAUGCGCCCGGCCGCUGUUGGUACAAUUAUCCAGGCAUCUGCACGCUCGAGGUCGCUCACCCCCUAAACUGCGCUCGCUGCAGUUUAUCGCAACAUGUCCAGUGAAAGGCUAUGCAGUCAAUUGCUGGAUGCGCUUUAUGACGGAGAGCUGCUUGCCCUUUGUAUUCAACAAAGGUGCCGAAGCGAUCGUCGAAACAACCCAACUGGAGCUGCGCUUGGUCAUCCCCAACGCGCGAGGGCUACGCCGCGUGGUGACGAAGGCUUUGAACGUUGUGCGCGCCCCCAACGUCGAGGCCCUCGAUGUGCGCUUCUCUACCUACAUGCCGACGGGAACGCUUCGCGCGCUACUUCACGGGCUCGCUGCCGUCCGGUCUAUCUACCUGACCUCGCGCACGGUCAGCGUCUCUGUGUUCCAAUCUGUCCGGUACCUUAUCGAGGAUGGAAACCUGCAAGGGCCGACCUGCGCGCCGUACAAGAAGCCGCUGAGGCUGCCUACGCCGCAGCAAAUCUUCUGGGAUACGCGAACCUUGGGCGGCGCAGACAGGCCUGUUGCCGGUGACGCGGGCCGCGAGAUAGUGAAGCUUCUGGAGGCGUACGAGAGCAUGGGCAUGCCCAUACAACAGGUCCUCGUUUCGCAGCGCCCUGAUAUGUCUGCGCAGAUUUUUGAAGAAAUGACCAUGAAGCUCGGGGACGGUUUCGUCUGUCCUGGUCUGACUUAACAUUGGCAAGGAUCCACGAAAGCCUUACAAAUGUGUCAGAUACAAUACAUAGUUCAAAAUU